AUGAUUGCUUUUGAUAAGUUGCUAGGGACUGGAAUGGAUACGCAGGAUACAUCUCCUUCAGUGUUGCUAUUCUUUGACAAGCAAAGAUUUAUAUUUAAUGCUGCUGGAAAGGGAUUGCAACGGUUCUGCACAGAGCAUAAGAUUAAGUUAUCAAAGGAGAAAUGGAGACUUAAAGAGAGAAGUUAUGGAUCUGAUAAGGGUUUAGGGUUUAGGGUUUACUAUCUCUAA